GGUCAUCUAGUCCAACCCCCUGCUCAAAGCAGGACCAAUCCUCAAUUAAAUCAUCCCAGCCAGGGCUUUGUCAAGCCUGACCUUGUCCCAAAGGACCAGUCACUUACUUAGGUCAAUUGAAUCUGAGAUCUCACAACAAAGACAACACUUGUAGCCAGUCCUGUAAUAACCUGUAUUAAGACUUAUUUAAAAGGAAAUGAAAGUUGUUUACAAAGUUAAAGCAGGUAAUCAUAUAGAUGCAGACAAGUUACAGUCUUAAAUUUCAAAAGGUAAUAGAAGCUUCUAUGAUAAGCAAGCCCUAUAUCUUCCUAGGGACUAACCCAGGCUAAUCAGCUGGGGAUUUCUUGCUUAUGCCUAGAAACUUUGCCCCCCAGAGUCCAAGCAUCAUAUAUAUAAUCUGUUCCUUCUGUAUGGGGUUUUUAUCACCUUCCUGCCAUGUGCUCUGAACUGCAAACUCAGCUAAUGGGAGGUCAAAAACCAUCUUUUGUCUUCUUUAACAUCCCAUAAUAGUCUAUCUGGUGUUGAUGGACCUUUCCUGCGAGGCAGGAUGCAUUCUGUUGCCAAUCAGCACUUCACAUAGACUAGAGAAUAACGUCCACGUUUUGCUCCAGAUCAUCCCAUCCUCCCAGGGGAAGGAAAUGGCUGCAAUGGAGCUGGCUCAGGGUUUCCAGUUUCCAAACCUGAUGUGAUCUCGCAGCUGGAACGAGGGGAAGAGCCAUGGGUCCCAGACCUCCACGGCUCCGGGGAAAAACUGCUCUCGAGAGCUGCCUGCACAGGUGUUGGGAUGGUGAGCGAGAACAAGGAGAAACCCCAGCAGGAAGAUGCUGAGCAAGUAGAACCACAACGGACAUUAUCAGGAAGAUCCAAAAGGAAUGAUUCUGGGAGUAGUGCACUUCAAGAAAAAGAAAAAGCCUGUGAGAGUCAGCACAGGCCAGAGGAAAACUUCAAUAGCCACUCAGACCUUGUUACACUUGAGAGAAUGAACUUGGAAGGAACAUGCUACACAUGCCCUGAGUGUGGGAAACGCUUCAAUCGGAGCUCACACCUUAUCACACAUAAGAAAAUCCACACGGGUGAGAAACCUUAUGGAUGCCCUGAGUGUGGGAAACACUUCAUUGAUAGUUCAGCCCUUAUCACACAUCAGCGAAUCCACACAGGAGAGAGGCCCUACAUAUGCUCCGAGUGUGGAAAAAGUUUCAUUCGGAGCUCACACCUUAUCGCACAUUGUAGAAUCCACACAGGAGAGAAACCCUAUAUGUGCUCGGAGUGUGGGAAAUGCUUCAUUAGUAGUUCAGCCCUUACUACACAUCAGCGAGUCCACACCGGUGAGAGACCCUACAUAUGCUCUGAGUGUGGGAAAAGCUUCAGUCAGAGCUCUACUCUGAUCAUACAUCAGAGAAGCCACACAAGAGAGACACCCUACACGUGCUCUGAGUGUGGGAAACGCUUCAGUUAUAGCUCAGCCCUUACUGCACAUCAGAGAAUCCACACGGGUGAGAAACCUUAUGAAUGCUCUGAGUGUGGGAAACACUUCAUUGAUAGUUCAGCCCUUAUCACACAUCAACGAAUCCACACAGGAGAGAGGCCCUACAUAUGCUCCGAGUGUGGAAAAAGUUUCAUUCGGAGCUCACACCUUAUCACACAUCGUAGAAUCCACACAGGAGAGACGCCCUACACCUGCUCUGAGUGUGGGGAACGCUUCAGUUAUAGCUCAGCCCUUACCACACAUCAGAGAAUCCACACUGGUGAGAGACCCUACACAUGCUCUGCGUGCGGGAAAAGUUUCAAUCACAGCUCUACCCUAAUCACACAUCAGAGAACCCACACAGGAGAGACACCCUACGUGUGCUCUGAGUGCGGGAAAAGCUUUAAUCAGAGCUCUGUACUGAUCGCACAUAAGAGAAUCCACACAGGUGAGAAACCUUAUGGAUGCUCUGAGUGUGGGAAACGCUUCAAUCGGAGCUCAUACCUUAUGACACAUAGGAGAAUCCACACGGGUGAGAAACCUUAUGGAUGCUUUGAGUGUGGGAAACGCUUCAAUCAGAGCUCACACCUUAUCACACAUCGUAGAAUCCACACGGGAGAGACACCCUACACAUGCUCUGAGUGUGGGAAACGCUUCAGUCAGAACUCAACCCUUAUUAGACAUCAGAAAAUCCACGAGAGUGAUCUGUAACAAAUGCCUUGACUAGGGCUGGCCAAAGUGUGGGGUUUUUAGUUUGUAUGUUUGUUUUAAAAUCACAUUUGCUAAUUCCCAAAUAGUGAUCUUUGCACCAUCUUCAGCGUGGUCUCUCAGCUCCCCCAGAUGAGUUGCGUGCUUCUGCCUUUUGCAGCUCACCCUUCUUUGGGAUCAGUCCUGUGAUCUUUUCUAUCAACUCCUUUCCUUUUGAGUUGAAGGAGUGUGUCCCACCAGCCAGGAAUGUUCAUCAGUUCCAGGUGGGGAAGAGAGGUUUUAUCCCAACAAGCUACACUGAGGCAAAAACCACCUGUGCCUUACAUCCACUAGGACUGUACUAGGUGUUGGCUGCUCAAGUUAGUGAUCUUGAUGUAAAAAGAGAAUUAUAGUUGUACUGCAGAUGCAGCCCAGGUGCAGUGGUUGGCAUUAGCUUUCCCCUUGACCUGACCUAAACUCCACCACUUUUCCUAGUCUAAACAAACCCUGAGCAUCACGGUUAUACUGUUCCCCCAUUUCAAAGCAAUUGAUAGUCAUCAGGUUCCCCCUUUGGCAACAAGUUGUUUCAUUCCCAGUUGCUUUCAUGUUGCUUCAGGUUGUGUUGGAGAGCAGAUAUUUUUAUUACCAUUUUCCUCACUUAAAAUAUAUUGAACUAUAACAAAGAGCAGGAACAGGGCAGCGAUAGGGAAAAAUGUCAUUUCACCCUCUGUAACAACAGAAGAAGAUAGGGUAAGUCAGAGGGAUUCCCUUAUUCCCCAUCACCAUCCCAACCCCCCUAUUGUUCAAGUGGUUAGGUCAAUAUUUUCCCUAAAGGGCUGAGAAGAGGAUUCCCUAGUAAAUGACUUGUAACUAAGCAAAAUACCCAUGCAUUUGGCUCCCAAAGCAAUUGUGGCCCGGGACCUGCAGAAGGUCACUCCUGAAGAUAUCUCCUUCCUAAUCAGCUGCAUGUUGCCUAUUAUUUGGGAAAUGCAAUCCCUAUCUAGGUAGGGAUGGGAAAAAUGGAAGUGACAUUUCUCUUCAGCUCACCCCUGGGAGAUGCUGCAAAUGUGUAGAAAAUGAAAUCCGUGUUGAAUGUGAUAUAGCUGCAGAAAGAUACCUAUUUUUAAUAGCUACCUGAAAUUUGGUGUCUUAUGGGGAUUCUAAGCUGUACCUGAAUUUAGUCCCUAAUUUAAAUCUGUUGCACCACAUUAAAGAAAUAAAAAGGCAUAUUUGGGGGGAGUUAUAUUUCACUAUCGCUACUGAUCUGUUGUGUGGUUGGUGAAGAAUUCUACGCCAGAAAAGUAUAAAAUUACUCCAAGUAAGGUCAAAGAUUUGACAAGAACUCAGGUAGAAAUUGCAGGUACUAGUGGUUGAUUUUCACCCCAGAGAUGGAAGCGAUGGUGACCUGUGGCCCAGGUAAACUAUUUUUAGAAAGCUGCUCCCUAGUUAAGUGGCAUUGGUCACACUCCUAAAGUAUGCCAUGAUUAAAUUGGGAACAACUGUCUUUUACCAUUUGGAUCCAAAGUUUCAUGAAGCACAGAGAGAAACAGCUGAUUCCAUCAGAGCCAUUCCAUGCCUCUGGGUCCCAAUCUGGCUGCCUUGAUGGAGAAGAAGCACUUCCAUGCUGGACACAUGAUGGUAGCCAAUGAGGGAAUGUAUCAGAUUCCAAGUUCAGACUGCAGGAUACAUGAAUGCUGAGUCCAGAGUCUGUGGUUUGGUCUCUUAGUUUUGCUAUUAAGUCUUAUACAUUUGUACCACUUCUCCAGCUCCUGCUACCCUGAAAGAUUAGAAAGUGUGAAAAUAGAGCACAGGUAGUUUUUCUCAUGACAGUAUUUGGUCCUGCCAUGCGGGUAGGGGACUGGACUCGAUGACCUCUCGAGGUCCCUUCCAGUCCUAUAAUCUAUGAAUCUAUGAAUCUAUGAUGCAGCCUUCCCACGUAGUGUGAGACUCCUCCCAUGAGUGUGGGUGGAAGAAGACCAAGGGAGAAAUGAACUCUCAAAAAUGGAAGGCUCCUAGGUUAUUAUAGAACAUGACUUCACACAAAGCUGACUGGGUGGAAAUGGGAAUUAAGAGAAAACUGUCCUAGUGGUUUAUAUUUUGUAAUAUUUGAAUAAGUUGUUACCAGUGACAAUAAAAUUAAACUUUAAGUUAA